AAGACUAGACCGGUAGUGGCACAUCGCACGUUCAGUUGUGGUUUGAUCGCGACCGAUGCAGCAUCAUCAUGUCCAGCAAAUAUUUGGCACUCUCGGCUCUGGCGUUGCUGUUUUUCUCUGCAGAAGGGCUCGUCGACAGUAGCUCCGAGGGAAGAAGAUUCAUCUGCCACUACACGACGUGGUCCCGUACGAGGCAGAACGAUGGAGCCUACACGAUCGAGGACAUUCCCGGAGACCUUUGUUCACAUGUGGUGUACAACUUUGUGGCCAUACACGAGAAAACGUACGAGGUGACUUCGAUGCAACCGGAUUUCGAUAUAGGAGAAAAUGGGUUCCGUCGGUUUGCGGCGCUGAAGGAUAAGUUUCCGAACUUGAAACUGCUGGUCGCCAUCGGUGGUUGGGGUCAUGGUGGAGAGAAGUUUAGCAAGAUGACUGAAACUCGUGAACGAAGAAAAAGAUUUGUGGCUAGUGUGGUAAAGUUUCUGCACAAGUAUGGGUUCGAUGGGUUGGAGGUGGUUUGGAUGUACCCAGGGAACUUCGAACGCGGUGGAAACGUCAAUGAUAAGGAUAAUUUCUACUAUUUGAUUCGAGAGCUGCAGAAGGCAUUUACGGAUGCCACGCGAGGUUGGGAGGUCAGCGUGCAAGUUCCAGCGGAUCGUUCACGGAUCGAUGUCGGGUACCAAAUUGAUGCCCUAUGCGAGGCAGCGGACUUUAUCCACGUAAUUGGCUACGAUCUACGCGGUUGGUGGAAUAAUUUUGCGGACGUGCAUAGCCCGAUGGCAGACCGUGCACACGACGAAGGUAACUUCGAAGGAUUGAACGUUCAAAACGGAGUCAACCAGUGGUUACGUGGGGGUUGUCCUGCCAGCAAAGUUGUUCUCGGUGUCCCCCUGUUCGGCAGGACGUAUCUUCUAUCCACCCCGGAGGACAACGCCGUCGGAGCAACAACAAUUGGGGCAGGAUCUGCUGGAGAGUACACCAACGAACCCGGAUACCUAGGGUAUUGUGAAAUCUGCACAAUACUUCCCAAUAUGAACAAUAAAUGGGACGAAGUGGCACAGUGUCCGUAUGCCUUCGACAGUGUCGAGUGGAUUGGCUACGAGGAUGAACGAUCGUUGAGAGCGAAAAUUGACUGGGCGGUAAAAAAUCGCCUGGCUGGAGUAUUUGCUUUCUCGCUCGAUUUGGACGAUUAUCGUGGACGCUGCGGGAAACCGUAUCCACUGACCAGAGUAAUCCACAAGUACUACGAAGAAACUAAAAAAGAUUCUCUAGUGACGUGGCCAUUAGCGAACCGUGUGAUAAAAAUGUGAUUUUAUUUAUAUUAAAAUGUGCCGUACAAAGUGUGUCGAAAACUAAUUUAUUACUAAAAAUAAAUCUUAGCAAAUUACUACGACUUACAAGAUGAUAAUUAUAACAAAAAAUAUCACCUUCACAUGAGAUGAAUUUUCACAGUUUGCACCUUGUUUGCACAUAGGGGAAAUGGAUGUAAUGUCGACCUAAAUGCCCCUAAUUUGGCCCCAUAGAUAAAUUCAGCAAUCGACUAAAUUUUCAAAGCGACCAAAAAUAUUUCAAUAGUACCGUCCCAAUGACGCGUUCAUCUAGAUAAAAUUGAUAAAUAGCAAAUUUUUAGCGAUAGGCCCAAUCUUAGAUCCAUAGGCCAACAUUAGAGCCAUUUCCCCUAUAAUCAUUCAAAAAUGAUUCGGUAAAAUUUUACAAAUUGAGGUGAUC